AUGCAGGGCGAUCAGCGAAGCGGCCAAGGCGGCCCGUCUCUCUUUGAGCAGAUGUACUACCAACAGCAGCAACAGCAGCAGCAGCCAUACGGUCAGCAGGCACCACCUAUGCAGCAGCCGCCGCAGCAACAGUUUCCCUCUUCCUAUCCGCCUGCGCAGCCCGUAUACAUGCAACACCAAGGUCAACAAAACGUGCCUUACGGUUACACAGCACCGCCGCCGCCGCCGCCACAGGCACCGAAUUACGCUUCCCCUCAGCAGGACAAUGAUUACUUUAAAGGAUUUUACGACGGCAUGGUAAGACCUUCGGGUCCAGUUCUCGGAAAUGCAGUCAGUUGGCUGGCUCCACUUUUUGUUAAUCUUGCUAUUUUUGUCGGCCCAAUUUGGUAUAUGCGACGCAAAUACGUUCAGGCCGUGGGUAAGGCCGCUACCGGGGAUGCGGCAAAGAAAAAUUCAAUGAUGAGCGGUCUGAUGGAUAUGAUGAACCCCAUGAAGUCAAAGAAUUACCGUGUAGAUGUGAAAGACACCACCUUCGCCGACGUCAUCGGCAUCCCGGAGGCUAAAGAGGACCUCAAGCAGUACGUGGACUUUUUGAAGGAGCCAAAGAAGUUUACUCGACUUGGGGCCCGUCUGCCGAAGGGUUGCCUGCUGACCGGGAAACCAGGAACUGGAAAGACUCUCUUGGCUCGCGCCGUCGCAGGUGAGGCGAGUACGGCGUUUUUCUCCUGUUCUGGCGCGGACUUUAUCGAGAUUUUUGGCGGCAGUGGCCCGAAGCGGGUCCGGGAGCUCUUCGCACAGGCCAGGGAGGCCGCGCCGUGCGUUGUCUUUAUUGACGAGAUUGACGCCAUAGGCUCUCGUAACCAGGGUGGCCGCAGCAUGGGUGGAGGCGGCAGCAGCGAGGAAAACCGUACCAUCAACCAGUUGCUGGCCGAGCUGGAUGGGCUUUCCAGCAAGGAGGCGAUUGUGGUGAUUGCAGCCACAAACUAUGCUGAGGCAAUUGACAAGGCCCUUUUGCGCGACGGGCGCUUUGAUCGCAAGGUGAAUAUCCCAAUGCCUGACAUGGAAGCCCGGCAAGAUCUCUUUGAGUUUUACCUGAACCGCAUCAUUACGGGAGAUCCAAACUGUAAGCCUAAGGUUCAAACAUUUCGCACGAGAAGGGAGGGUGAGGGUGGCGCCGCUGCCGCCUCGACCGUGCCUGGCGCUGAGGUGAAACAAGAGAAGCAGGCGGAGGAGGCGCAAUCCGUGAUUGUGGAGACGCCUGUGGAGGUGAAGGUUGUCCCUGGCGUCAGUAACAAGGCGUACGCGCGUGCAUUGGCAGAACGCACCCCGGGUGUGUCGCCGGCACAAAUUGCAACCAUUGUGAACGAAGCCGCCUUGACCUCGGCCAUGUCAGAGGAGCAAGUUGUUCCGCUGAAGACACUCCAGGACAGCAUUGACGACGUUCUUAUAGGUAAGAAGCAUCGUCAGCGGAUGGGCGAGGAGUCGCUGCAGCGCACCGCCUACCACGAGGUUGGACAUGCAAUCAUGGCCUGGACAUCGCCGCUGCAGAAGGAUGUGGUAAAAAUUUCCAUUAUUCCACGUGGAAGGGCCGGGGGCUACACGCAGCAGGUGCAGGAUGAGGCGCUGGAGCCACGUACGGAUGUGUUUUUGUUCUCACAGUUAUGUGUUCUCAUGGGUGGUCGCGUUGCCGAGAGGAUAUUUUUGCGGGACAUUUCAACAGGCGCCAUGGACGAUCUCCAGCGCGCCACUCGCAUUGCAAUGGAGAAACUUUUAAUGUACGGCAUGUCCAAGUCUAUUGGCCAGCUGGCUUUUAAGCCGAACGGCCCCAAUGAGGGUCGUGCCUGGAUGAACUAUUCUGAGGAACUACACGCAAAGGUAGAGAAGGAGGCCCGGGAACUUGUCGCUGCGGCAUACAAGCACACAGAAAAAACCCUGCUUGAAAAGCGCGAGCUGCAUGAGAAGCUCGCGAAACUCCUGCUGGAGAAAAAAGAGCUCAUGAGGGACGAUAUAGAAAAGGUCCUGGGCCCCCGUCCUGUGCUGACUACCUCCGAGUAG